UUCCUUUAUUUAUACCACCGGUAUCCAAAUCCCCUCUCUCUAUCCAUCUUACUCAUCACUCACUCUGUCCAAGCUCAAUUCCAUCAACCAUGAACCGCUUCCGAAAAAUCGAGAUCAUAGAGCCCUCUUCUCCACCCUCUCUCUUCCUCAGAGAAACCUCCAUUUUCACCCCCAAAACCCUAAUCCUCCCCCACUGUUUUCCCGACCUCGACUUCACUCUCGAUCUCUUAAACCCUACCUCUCCUCAACCUCUCUUCGAUUUCACUUCACCUUUCGAUCACUUCCACACCCUCACCGAUCUCAUUCAGAUCGAGACAACUCCCUUCUACACCACCUCAACUCGGAGGGUUCAGCACCGACCCCACGGGGACUCCUACUUGCAGAGCCUCUCCGACCGGGUCUCCUCGCUCGAGCAGAGCUUUGAACGCCUUUUCACCGCUAAACCUAAACCUCAAGGCGGCGGAGAUCGGAAGUACACGUGGACGGCGGAGUUGAAGGGUGCCGAGAAGUGCGAUCCUGACCGCAAGUACAAACUGAUAGCGGAGAUCAAAGGUGGGAAGAAGAAGAAGAAGGAGGAGAAGAAGUACAAAUGGAAGGCUGAGAUCAAGGACAAAAACGACGACUCUCCGAUCACACGGACCUACACGUUCACAUCAUCCACCGGCGGCGAUUGCAGCGAAUCGGAUAAAAAAGAGAAGAAGAAGGAUAAGAAAGAGAAGAAAUGUGACAAAAAAGUGGCCCCUACUCGUGUGGUCGAGAUUGAAGAAGAGCCUUCAAAUCAUAGAGUCGUGGUUCUAAGGCAGGCUUUUGCGAAAAGGGACAAGUGCAAGGGAAAGAAGAAGGAGUUGUCGCCUCAAGAUGCGGCGAUGAUGAUACAGAUGAGCUUCAGGGAGUAUCUGAUCAGGAGGUCGCAGGCGCUUCGUGCGCUCCGAAGCCUGGCUGUUGCCAAGGCCAAGUUGAAGGAAAUUAGGGCUAUGUUCAACAAUUUUGCCUACCGUCGCCACCUGGCCCGUGACGCUGAGGAGCGCCAGAGGUUCUCUGAGAAGAUCAUUGUCGUGCUUCUCACUGUCGAUGCCAUUGAGGGUGCUGAUCUUAUGGUGCGAUCUGCAAAAAGGUCAAUGGUUGAUGAGCUGGAAGCAAUGCUUGAUGUGGUUGACCCCCAGCCUCCUGGCAAAUCACUUUCUAGGAGGACAUUUGAUAUGCCUGAUGGUCUCAUCGAGAAGGAGAUUGCUGCAGGUGUGGCUGAGGUCGUUCAAAUGCUUGGUCGAGAAAAUGGUAACAUUUGAGGCAUGCGUAUAAGUCCCAUUGAAAUGUGGCAAAUCACCUCAUCAUGGGAUUCCAUGCUAUUGUAAUUUCUUGACUAGGAGUAGGAAGAUGCACUUUUAAUCUAUGUUUACCUCUAAUUCAGGUUAUAAUGGAGAAAAUUCUGAAGGCUUGUUACUACUAGUUUCUGGGAGAGAAUUUUGUAUUUGCUUGAACUUAACCCACUGAGUGGGGGUGUUUGUUGUGCUUAGGUUUGUGUGUAAGGUUUAAAACUUUGUUGUGUUAUUAUUAAUAAAAUGACUUCUUGACAUUUUUCUCAGCUUUA